GUUUGCUUUGUUGAAGGUCAGACUUGCUGGCUUGGAUCUCAGUGAAGGAAGGCAUUCAAUAGCCUGUGAUGCAUCUGGUCACCUGGUUCAUUUUCUGAACUCUGGAUUGUGUCCCUUAGAUAUUUCUAUAACCAGGCUUUGGUAGCAAAAGGAUCUACUUCCUGAGGCCCUCCUAUUGAGAGAAAUGUGGGGGGAUACUCGAACUUCUAACAGAACCGGACCUUAUCGUGGGAGCCAAGAAGAAAGGUUUGCUCCCGGGUGGAACAGGGAUUAUCCUCCUCCUCCCCUUAAGAGUCAUGCUCAAGAGAGACACUCUGGCAACUUUCCUGGCAGAGAUUCACUUCCCUUUGAUUUCCAGGGGCAUUCGGGGCCUCCUUUUGCAAAUGUAGAGGAGCAUUCUUUCAGCUAUGGAGCUAGAGAUGGACCUCAUGGUGACUAUCGUGGAGGGGAGGGACCUGGACAUGAUUUCAGGGGGGCAGAAUUUUCGUCUUCCGAUUUCCAGAGCAGAGAUUCAUUGCAGUUGGACUUCAGGGGCAGGGACAUCCAUUCUGGGGAUUUUCGGGAACGAGAAGGACCCCCCCUGGACUACCGGGGUGGAGAUGGUACGCCCAUGGACUACAGAGGCAGGGAGACAUCUCACAUGAACUACAGAGACACUGUUGACUUCAGAGGGAGGGAUGCUCCUCCAGCUGACUUCAGGGGCCGGGGCACAUACGAUUUAGAUUUUAGAGGUCGGGAUGGAGCCCACGCAGAUUUCAGGGGAAGGGAUUUAUCACAUUUGAACUUCAGGGCCAGAGAUCAGUCCCGUUCUGAUUUUAGGAAUAGAGAUGUAUCUGAUAUGGACUUUAGGGACAAAGAUGGCACACAAGUGGAUUUUAGAGGUCGAGGAGCAGGUACUAGUGACCUAGAUUUUAGGGACAGGGAUACACCACAUUCAGAUUUCAGAGGUAGACAUCGGUCUAGGACUGAUCAGGAUUUUAGGGGCAGAGAAGUGGGGCCUUGUAUGGAGUUUAAAGAUAGGGAGAUGCCCCCCGUGGAUCCAAAUAUGUUGGAUUACAUUCCGCCCUCUGCACAAGAUAGAGAACAUCCUGGUAUGAAUGUGAUGAACAAGAGAGAAGAAUCCACCCAUGACCGUACAACGGAAAGACCUGCUUUUGGCAUCCAAAAAGGAGAAUUUGAGCAUUCAGAAACAAGAGAAGGAGAAACACAAGGUGUAGCCUUUGAACACAAGUCUUCAUCAGAUUUUCAGAACAGUCAAAGCCCACUUCAAGACCAAGACAAGUCACAGCUUUCUGGAGGUGAACAACAGAGUUCUGAGGCUGAUCUGUAUAAAGAAGAAAGUGAUCUGGACUUUCUUGGCCAGCAGGAUACGGAUUACAGAAGCAUGGAGUACUGUGAUGUGGAUCACAGGAUGCCAGGAAACCAGUUAUUUGUCUAUGGUCAAAACAAGCCAUUUCCAGAAGGCAAAAGUUCCCGAGAUGGCCAACGGGACCUUCAGGAUCAAGAUUAUAGGACAGGUCCAAGUGAGGAGAAACCAAGCAAGCUUAUUCGAUUAAGUGGGAUACCUGAAAAUGCUACAAAAGAAGAGAUUCUUAAUGCUUUUCGGACUCCUGAUGGCAUGCCUAUAAAGGACUUGCAGUUGAAGGGGUAUAAUACAGGUUACGACUAUGGCUAUGUCUGCGUGGAGUUUUCACUCUUGGAAGAUGCCAUCGGAUGCAUGGAGGCCAACCAGGGAACGCUAAUGAUCCAUGACAAAGAAGUCACCCUCGAAUAUGUGCCAAGCCUGGAUUUUUGGUACUGCAAACGGUGUAAGACCAGCGUUGAUGUACAGCGACCUUCAUGUCCAUUCUGCAAGUGCCCAAGGGAAGAGCCCAAACAAGAAUUAAUAACCUAUCCUCAACCUCAGAAAACAUCUCUACCAAUAAUAUCAGAAAAACAGCCCAAUCAACUCCCCAGAGCAGUUGAUAAGGAAUCUGAGUCCAGAAAGCGGGAAGAAGGGCUAGAGUCACGCCUGGGAUAUCAAAAAAGAGAAGCAGAAAGAUAUUUGCCUCCUCGAAGGGAGGGCUCUACCUUCCGAAGAGACCGAGAGAAGGAGCCAUGGUCUGGGGAGACCCGCCAGGAUGGAGAAAGUAAAACAAUCAUGCUAAAGCGCAUUUAUCGUUCCACUCCACCGGAGGUGAUUGUGGAAGUCUUGGAGCCCUACGUUCGACUUACUACUGCCAAUGUCCGGAUCAUCAAGAACAGAACAGGCCCUAUGGGCCACACCUAUGGCUUUAUUGACCUUGACUCCCAUGCGGAAGCUCUUCGUGUGGUUAAGAUUUUGCAGAAUCUUGAUCCACCAUUUAGCAUUGAUGGGAAGAUGGUAGCUGUAAAUUUGGCUACUGGAAAACGAAGAAAUGAUUCUGGGGACCAUUCUGACCAUAUGAACUACUAUCAGGGUAAAAAAUAUUUCCGAGAUAGGAGAGGAGGUGGCAGAAAUUCAGAUUGGUCUUCAGAUGCAAAUCGACAUGGACAACAGUCAUCCUCUGACUGCUACAUAUAUGACUCUGCUACUGGCUAUUAUUAUGACCCUUUGUCAGAAACUUACUAUGACCCCAACACCCAGCAAGAAGUCUUUGUACCCCAAGACCCUGGGUCUCCUGAGGAAGAUGAAAUUAAGGAAAAGAAAGCCACCAGUCAAGGGAAGUCAAGUACCAAAAAGGAAACUUCUAAAAGAGACAACAAAGAGAAAAAAGACAGAGGUGUGACGAAGUUUCAGGAAAACGCCAGUGAGGGGAUGGAACCCUCAGAGGAUGUCUUUAAGAAGCCGCUGCCUCCCACUGUGAAGAAGGAAGAGAGUCCUCCACCACCUAAGGUAGUGAACCCACUGAUUGGCCUCCUGGGUGAAUAUGGAGGAGAUAGUGACUAUGAGGAGGAAGAAGAGGAGGAGCAGACCCCUCCUCCACAACCCCGCAUAGCACAGCUUCAGCAGCGAGAGGAGAUGGCCAAGAAGGAAAAUGAAGAAGACAAACUCACGGACUGGAAUAAACUGGCUUGUCUGCUUUGCAGAAGGCAGUUUCCCAAUAAAGAAGUUCUGAUCAAACACCAGCAACUCUCAGAUCUGCACAAGCAAAACCUAGAAAUCCAUCGGAAAAUAAAACAGUCUGAGCAGGAGCUUGCCUAUUUGGAGAGGAGAGAACGGGAGGGAAGAUUUAAGGAGAAAGGGACGGAUCGUAGGGAAAAGCUCCAGACUUCUGACUCUCCUGAAAGAAAACGAAGUAAAUACUCCAGAGAGACUGACAGUGAUCGUAAACCUGUUGGCAAAGAAGGUAUGGACAACAGUAGCAAAGGAGGCUGUGUGCAGCAAGCAGCUGGCUGGAAGAAAGGGGCAGGCCUUGGAUAUGGCCAUCCUGGAUUGGCUUCAGCGGAGGAGGCUGAAGGCCGAAUGAGGGGACCCAAUGCGGGACCUCCAGGAAGAACCAGCAAGAGACAGUCCAACGAAACUUAUCGAGACGCUGUUCGAAGAGUCAUGUUUGCUCGAUAUAAAGAACUUGAUUAAAGAACGGAGCCAAUGUCCUGAGACACACCUCCUUCUUGUUUUGUUUGUCCGUCUCUCCUUUUGUUUUGUUACUGUUCUUGCUGCUAGAACUUUUUUAAAUAAACUUUUUUUCAAUGUGA